CCCAGCCCCAUCCCCACCCCCACCCUCCUCAAGGGUUUAAAUGUCAGCAUCCCCCAGCUCUUCAUACUCACACCUCUCAGAGACACGGCAGCAUGAAGUCAGUGGCCGCCCUUCUUCUGGUGGGGAUGCUCAUCCUCUGGACAGACCUGCCAACAGGCAGCACCUGGUCCUGUCCGCCUGUCCACAUCACCUGCGCGAUGCACAACCCACCAAAUAAGUGCUACUUAGACAGGCAGUGUCCGCGCUACAAGAAGUGCUGCAGGGGCUUCUGCGGGAGGAGAUGCAUAUCGCGCCCAUCUUCCAUCCCCAUCAGCUAUGCGUAAGCUCCCACUCCCAGGGCAGGCUGAAGGCCGCCUCAGCACCCCCAUGUCACCUCUGGCACCAGCCACCCACACCUCUGCGAAGGCUUGUCCUGCCCAGUGCCAGCUCCCAGGACAACGGGGACAGCCACCAGCCCACGCUCAGAGACCACCCUGCCGACGGCUGACACAGUGCUACAUGCUGCCUGCUUGCCUUCUCCCUCUGCUUCCCCAUGGCUGUUUUAACAAAUAAAAGAGCUUAUCCCAGGGAA